GGAAGUGCGGGCAUUCUGGGUAAUUUGCUAUUUACUUCCUGCGAGACAAGGUUGUGGCUCCUUCCUUCGCUGUUCUUCCGUGGGAGAAGAUGGCCCUGGAGACGGUGCCGAAAGACCUGCGGCAUCUGCGGGCUUGUUUGCUGUGUUCGCUGGUCAAGACUAUAGACCAGUUUGAAUAUGAUGGCUGUGACAAUUGUGAUGCGUACCUUCAGAUGAAGGGUAACCGGGAGAUGGUAUAUGACUGCACCAGCUCUUCUUUUGAUGGAAUCAUUGCGAUGAUGAGUCCAGAGGACAGCUGGGUCUCCAAGUGGCAGCGAGUCAGUAACUUUAAGCCAGGUGUAUAUGCAGUGUCAGUCACUGGUCGCCUGCCCCAAGGAAUCGUGCGGGAGCUGAAGAGUCGAGGAGUGGCCUACAAAUCCAGAGACACAGCCAUAAAGACCUAGCGAGAUGCACGGCCGCCAGCGUCUUUGCGCCUCGUCUCUGCCUCUGCUUACUCUUUGUUGUGAAACUAAAUGGGCAGAACUUCAAAUACGUGCCGCCCUCCGAUUCUGAGAUUCAGCAGACUGUUGAGAGAGCAGCACGUGUCCCUGGGCCAUUUUACCUUCUCUGGGCUGCUGUGGGGUGGGAGUGGUUUGGGUUGGUGGAUUAGCGGAGACUGACUUCAGUGGGGAGUAGGAUGCUGGCCUUCCCUAUGCACAGCCCGGGGCUGCGCCCUUGCGCAUGGGCAGGACUCGGUCAGAUGCCAGAAAACGUGAACCCCUAGGAAUGCUCUUAAGCCCAUAACAGAUGCCUUGCCUCCCUCUUCCUUUGUCUUAACUGGGCACAGUAAGAACUCGUUGCCCAGUAAGCAUCUUCCCAGAGCAGCAGAGGCCCUUCUGCUCCUCGUUAUCUGUCUCUGAGCCUCCGGGAUUGUAGCCUUUCUCGUGAGCUUCCCUGGGUCUCAGAGGUCUGCUGUCCUGAGUCUAGGCAAGCCCGUCAGCCUGGUAGUCCUGGUGUCUGGUGGUUGCAGCCUUCUGCCCUCUAGACCUGGCACAACAGGUGUCCCUUGAAGAAAUCCUGAGGCUUCUUCGUAUUACUUGCCCUUGAUCAUGUUUAAAACCUUUCUUUCCUUCUUUGUUUUCUUCUUUUUUCUGUCCUUCCUAUACCUUAGGCCCACCAGUGACGCCCAUGACCCCCCCCCCCCACUUUCCUGAGUUCCCCUAACUGGAGACCCUCAGGUUGCUGCUGGGUCUUGGUCUGGCUAGUUCGUGCCUCUCCUUUUCUCUCUGGCCUAGUAAGAGGGCCUUGAGUGAUGUCAUGGUAUUGGCCAAGGUGAGUUAUUUGUUUUGGAAUUAAAUAUUUACCAUAAAUUCUCAUUUACUUAAAUUUCCACAGAAAAUCAUAUUAAGUGUCCUCAUUUUUAUUUCCCUAACUUUCUUGUUCCCCAUCUGCAAAACGAAAGUGAUUGCAUCCUAUUUACCUCAGGAUUUUUGUGAUUAUAAAAAUAAAGCAAUGUGAAAAUUCUGUAACUUAAGUUUUAUAAAAGGUAGAACUCG